AUGUCCAACAUUUCUCAUGGCAGAACCUCGGCAUCGACGCUUGAUGACACUUUCAGCGGCCGUGCCGAUGCUGCCUCGUCGACCGGAGCUACUAGUGACGGCGAAAGCGAUAGUGAGGAUGACUUGCCGCCGUCUCGCAGGCAAAAGCUGAAUUCCGGUGUCAGUCGUCCCACUUUUAAUCUUGCCGAGACCAGCUUUGCCUCAAGUGAGAGUCUACCCCAGCCUCCUGCCAGCGAGGCUCAGUAUGCAGACGCCCCCGCUUCGGGUAGUAUGGCUGCUCCUCAAAGGACGAUGAACAAUCCGCUUGGUGCUGCUGGCAAGCCGAAGAUUCCCAAAGCUCCCAAGGUUGCAAAGACUGGUAAUGCUCGACCCCCAGCUCCCCAAAGCCAAAAGGCGCUGCCAUCCACUCCCUCCAUCGAAGACGAGCAACCCGAUCUGUCGACAAAGCCCAGAUGCCAGCGCUGUCGCAAGAGCAAGAAGGGUUGUGAUCGCCAACGUCCAUGUGGCCGGUGCCGUGAUGCCGGUCUUUCGGCGGACCAAUGCAUCAGUGAGGACGAAGGUAACGGUCGCAAGGGCCGCUAUGGCCGCCACAUGGGCGUGCCCAUCAAGAAGGAUGAGAUGCCUGCUCCAGCGCAGCCGAGUCUUCUCCCGCCGCACCCAUCAUGCCCACUACCGCCCCGCUCGCGGUCGUUGCGCCCCUCGCGCCCCCGCUGCCACGACUUCGACUGCCUCAAUGUUAGAUAA